CACAGACACAGCACCGACCAGCACAGAUAACUCUCUCUUCUGCUAUUCCAAAGACGCUCAAGGUUCCGAGAGCAGGUCCAACCAGCUAGCUCGAGCGUGUACACACACACACACACACACACACACACACACACACACACACACACGCCUGUGAGGCUGGCCAGAUUCUUACAAUCCCAAACCCCAGAUAGCCCGCAGCCUCAGGAGUAAGGACUACCCAGGACACUAAUCACUACUUCCCUUGUACUUUGGGUGAAGAAAUGAAUCCCUCCCAGCUUGCCUAUCCAUCCAGAUUUGGGUUCUCCUUGACUGUCCGGAUUCAUCUUCUUCGAAAAAGCCAGAUCAAGGGAGCAAGCGAGCCUGCCACAGGCUUGGGACUCUGAGCCUGGAGCAGCUAGCUCUUAGCCUGGAGGGAGAACCCCUGCACCGGGAAGGGCUUCCUCUCGCCCCAGCCAGGCUUCACCCGGGAACUCGCAGCUUGCCCGCCAAGGCGGCCGGAGUCACACCCCGACAGGUUUCAAUGUUUAUUUGGUUUCUGGAAUACUGACUAGAGAACACAAAAUGAAUAAUUCUACAAACUCAUCUAACAAUGGCCUGGCCCUCACCAGUCCCUAUAAGACUUUCGAAGUGGUGUUUAUUGUUCUUGUGGCUGGGUCCCUCAGUUUGGUGACGAUUAUUGGGAACAUUCUGGUCAUGGUCUCCAUCAAAGUUAACCGCCACCUCCAGACAGUCAACAACUACUUCCUGUUCAGUUUGGCCUGUGCUGACCUCAUCAUUGGUGUUUUUUCCAUGAACUUGUAUACCCUCUACACUGUGAUUGGCUACUGGCCCUUGGGACCUGUGGUGUGUGACCUCUGGCUGGCUCUGGACUAUGUAGUCAGCAACGCCUCUGUGAUGAAUCUGCUCAUCAUCAGUUUUGACAGGUACUUCUGUGUCACAAAGCCACUUACCUAUCCAGUCAAGAGAACCACGAAAAUGGCAGGCAUGAUGAUCGCAGCUGCCUGGGUUCUCUCCUUUAUCCUUUGGGCUCCAGCUAUCCUUUUCUGGCAAUUCAUCGUAGGGGUAAGGACAGUUGAGGAUGGGGAGUGCUACAUUCAGUUUUUUUCCAAUGCUGCUGUCACUUUUGGCACUGCCAUUGCAGCCUUCUACUUGCCAGUGAUCAUCAUGAGUGUUUUAUACUGGCAUAUAUCCCGAGCCAGCAAGAGCAGGAUAAAGAAGGACAAGAAGGAACCUGCAGCCAACCAGGAUCCAGUUUCACCAAGUCUGGUACAAGGAAGGAUAGUGAAACCAAGCAACAACAAUACCCCGGGCAGUGAUGAUGGACUGGAACACAACAAAAUCCAGAAUGGCAAAGCCCCCAGAGAUGUUACUGAGAACUGUGUCCAGGGGGAGGAGAAAGAAAGUUCCAAUGAUUCCACUUCAGUCAGUGCAGUUGCCUCUAAUAUGAAAGAUGAUGAAAUAACCCAGGAUGAAAACACAAUUUCCACCUCCCUGGGUCAUUCCAAAGAUGAGAACUCAAAGCAAACAUGCAUCAAGGUUGUCACCAAGACCCCCAAAGGGGAUGUAAGUACCCCAACGAAUACCACCGUGGAGUUGGUUGGCUCUUCAGGUCAGAAUGGAGAUGAAAAACAGAACAUGGUAGCUCGCAAAAUUGUGAAGAUGACUAAACAACCUGCAAAAAAGAAGCCCCCUCCUUCCCGGGAGAAGAAAGUGACCAGGACAAUCCUAGCAAUUCUGUUGGCUUUCAUCAUCACCUGGGCACCAUACAAUGUUAUGGUGCUCAUUAACACUUUCUGUGCACCCUGCAUUCCCAACACGGUGUGGACAAUUGGUUACUGGCUCUGUUAUAUCAACAGCACAAUCAACCCUGCCUGCUACGCACUCUGUAAUGCCACCUUCAAGAAGACCUUUAAACACCUUCUCAUGUGUCAUUACAAGAACAUAGGUGCCACAAGGUAAAAACAUCUUUGGAAAGAAACAAGGUGAUCAAACGGAGUCUUGGAAGAGGACAAGGAGAAAAGAGUUCCUAAUUUUUAAAUUUCUGCCAUUGCACUUUAUAGUCUUACUAUGGAAUGUGCAAUUAAGGAGUCCAAGUUGUAACACUACUAUGGUGCCUAUGAUCCAGUAUGAGAAACUUGUACCUUGUAAACACUGUUGGUUUUAGAGCCAUGAGACCAUGAAAGAGACUUACAGAAUUGUGGAUUUAAGGAAAGACUGAUGCUUUCACGUUUUUGUGGAGAAAGAGAUCCAAAUCUACAAUUUUCUCAGUUUCUGCACAAGAAAAAUAAUCAUGCUCCUCCUUUUUUUUUAAAGGUUUUCAGUUUUAGUUUCCAAAUGUUCCUAUGAAGAUGAAAUACCACAAUUAUAAGCUAUCGUGGAGGUUUUAGCAUAAAUAAGCAUUAUACAAUAGAAAGUUAAGAAAGAUCAAAAAGAUUAUGCAGAAAAAAAAAAGGACUUUCAGCAUGUUAACAACAAAAUAUUUUGUUGUGUUGUUGUUUUAUUUGGAGAAUUACAACAUACUAAAUGCUUUAUUUAGAUUCCCUUAUAGAUUACUAUAAGAAACUCAAGGGAAAUACAACUAGAUCACAUGUUAUUUUUCUCAUUACAUCAUUAUAUAAAAACUUCCCUCCUGUGUACAGGCAAAAUAUACAAAUUUUCUAUUAAACCCAACCAGAUACUUUGUCCUGUGCAUUAUUUGGAACUAUAAAAGCCUAAAUAGAUUUACUAGUUUUUAUGUAAAAUUU